GAUUGGGCCAAGGGGGGAUGUUAGGUGAUUGGGACGUAAAAAAAAAAAACGAGGGAGAAAAAAAGUCAGCGUCCAUCAACUAUCGCAUGAGGGCACACAUCCAGCCGUCGCAAAGCAAUUUCUUGGUCUUCUGCUAGUCUAGACAAAGGGAAUAAGAGAGACCGUCCUUGUCACGCCAGCAACAAGCACCAUACCAGCACCGCACACAUACAUUCCUCACACAAUGUUACGACAAAGCCUUGCCGCCCCCUCUCGCAUCCUCCGAUGCUCGGCACGCGCAGCCGGUCAAAGAUGGCCUGCCCCCGCUGCCCAGCUCCGACCCCUUCCCCUGCCGGCCAUCUGCCGACCGACCAGGACCGUGUCGUUCGUCAGGUGGUCGAGCUCCGAGGCCGGCAAGCCGGACCCUGAACCGGCCGCCAAGGAGGGAGAGGCCGCGCCGGCCAAGGAGGCAGAAGCGGCCUCGGUCAAGGCAGAGCCGGCACCGAACAAGGAGCUGGAGGCCAAGACCAAGGAGAUAGAGGAGUGGAAGACCAAGUACCGCCGGGCCGUGGAUGACUUCCUGCAGUUCCAGGACCGCAAGGAGCGCGACAUGAAGGCGGCGCGCGAGUUCGCCAUCCAGAAGUUCGCCCGCGACCUCAUCGAGACGGUUGACAACCUGGAGCGGGCCCUCUCCACUGUGCCGGCCGACAAGCUCGCGGCGGCGGCCGAGGCGGACCAGGACCUCACAACCCUGCACGAGGGCAUCGAGAUGACCAAGAGGAUCCUUAUCCAGACGCUCGACAAGCACGGCGUGGAGCGCUUCGACCCCAUGGGCGCCAAGUUCAACCCCAACGAGCACGAGGCCACCCUCAUGAACCCCAUGCCCGACAAGGAGGACGGCUCUGUCUUCUUCACCCAGCAGACCGGCUUCAAGCUCAACGGCCGCGUCCUGAGACCCGCCAAGGUCGGCGUUGUCAAGAACGCGUAAAGAACGCGUAGGCCACGGCGGCGGCUCCAUAUUGCCGUGCUAUGCAUAUUUGACGAAGCAUAUACCGUGUAACACCACCAUAUUCCCCCACUUUCACAUUACCCUCAGCCACCUUGCAACUGGGAUAUGUGCUUCCGGCCAGCGCCCUGGCUCUAUCCAGCCUGUAUAAUGCUCUUACGAAUUACUUUACAACCACGACAAAACAAAAGCACGGGUUUGGUUGGGUCUGAAUUUCUUCGAUUCCUCUCUACUUUGGACAUCUCACUUCAUCUAGAUUAUGGAGAAAAAGACACAAAGGUCGAAGGGGGCUGCAACCGACAUGAGAUACCGGGCUGCUCCCGUUCGGACCGCUUGUACAUAUACACACACUUUGUUUAGCAUCCUGUGAACCAUGGUCUCGGCGCACAAACGGGUCGCGUCCAGCGCCUAGGGCGGUGUCAGCAAGGAAAUCCUGGCCAAGGCUAUUAUUAAUGGCAAAGUGACAAAAUGGCGUCUGCAGAAACUCCAGGCGCUUCUCCCAAAUUCUUGUAUCCAUCUUGGAACUCCAUGAAAACUCAACGCAAAAUGACGACGAAUGAG